AACUGUUUUUGAAUUGGAUCACUUUUCCCCAACAUGCCAGCCAAUGUGUCAUCGAUAAGAUGGUGGCGUUUAGUAGCGAUUUGUCUGGUAGUGUUCGUUUUGAUCGAGCUCUCUUCAGCGCAGCGUGUACGCCGUCGUCGUCCACAUUACCCAAAGUUUGAAAUACUAUGGCCACUUCAUUGGGUGAGUGCAGCAUACGUGUGGGGCUUCCUGAAGCUGGGUGCCAUCUUUGCCGGUCUGAUGCUGCUGUUCGUCUUUCGCAACCUGUCCUGGAGUAAUGUUCCAACGUACAUCGAUCACGAUACUCCUGUCUAUCAUUUUAGAGGCUUUAAUACAGAGAGGCGGGAUGAAAUCGACACCGGAACUAGUAACGAUGCGGUAUUAUAUUGGAAGGAUAAAAUUGAAAAGGCAGUUGAAUGUUUUGGAUAA